GAAAAACCUACAGUCUCGAAAUAGAAAGGGAUGGAAGCACCGGAUGCUGCUUUUCCGAUACGCCACACAACUCACUGCUUAGAUAUCAAGGGGCACAAGACGAACAUUGUCAUAAGCAGCUAUGAAGAUCAUUUUCUUGUUAUGGCAACUCAGAUUGGAAGCAUGGGGACAAUAAUGCACGCUAGGAAAGAGGAAAGUGUUUCAGUUGAUCCAACAUUCACGGUGAAUGUAGUGUUCGGCAAACGAGAUGAGCCAAUGCUUGUUGCUUGUGCAAGGCAAUUGGUUGAACACAUAAGCAAGAGAUCCGGAAAAGCAUUGGUAUUAUCUCUUGGCCUGAGAGACCAUUCUAUGGGAAUGCUGAAAGGUAUUGUUUCUGCUGUAAUUGAGAAACUUGCUGAAAUCAGUUAAACAGCAGCAACAUUCAAACAAGAACUUCCAAGCCAGACUUUUUUAGUGAAUUUAACUCUGGUUAUCAUUUGUACUUGAGUCGGCAGAUAUUUUUUUAGGCUUUGUUUACAAAUUUUCUACAGCGCGAUAGACCACGCCAUUAAGGGUGCAAAAGGAUAUGAAAUUUUCGAAAAAAAUUUGUCUAGAUAGAUUGAAAAAGAUGGAGUAUUUAUUUACAUGAUUGACUUUUAUUUUUCAAAUUGUGUUUGGUAGAAUUAAAGAUAGUAGUGUGAGAUAAAAGUUAUAUUGUAGUAUGAAAUUUGUAUCCUA